AUGGUGAAUAGUGCAAGAGGAAAGUUUGCAGGAACUGCAACCCAGUUCAGUGCUACAAUAACUGUUACGCUAUUUGCCAUCUCCAUUGGUUUAAACUACAGCUGGACUGCACCCAUGAUCCCAUACCUGAUCGGCGAAGACAGUCACCUGGAAACGACACCAUACGAAGCAGCAUGGCUAGAAACCGAAAUGAUGAUUGGAACCUUCUUAGGACUACCGCUAACCAUCCUCCUGAUAGACAGAAUAGGCAGGAAAAACUUGAUACUGUUAGCCACUUGCAUAGCCAUGCUGGGAUGGAUAUCAAUAGCAGCAGCGAACAAAAUGAUCUACCUUCAUGCCGCUAGGGUGAUUUUAGGCACAACUAGUAAUAUGUUCACAGUGGCAGCACCAAUGUAUGUAGCCGAAAUAGCUGAGAGCAGAAUACGAGGCUUCUUAUCGGGCAUAUUCAACUUCAUGUUACCGCUCGGUUUCAUUUUGAUGUAUUGCAUUGGCCCUUAUCUCCCAUUCUACAUUAUACCUAUAAUAGGGAUAAGCGUUCUGACAGCUGAAUUGUUGAUUUUCAGUAGGAUACCAGAAACUCCCUAUUAUUUGUUAUUCAUCGAUCAACCUGAGUUAGCAAAGAAAUCUCUGCAGUAUUUCAGACCCAAGCAGGAUGUGCAACAAGAGCUGAAGGAAAUGACGAUUGCUAUAGAAAGGCAGAAGACUGAGACUGGCAGAGUGCAAGAUCUCAUCUUGGUGCAGAGUAAUAGAAGAGGAAUCAUCAUCAUGACCGUACUGAAUGUUGGUUUGAAUAUGGUGGGAGGUAGUGUGACUGUCAUGAAUCUGCAUAUGAUUCUCGGAGCAGCUAGUUCUCUAUACUUGGACUCUUCCAUCGUGGCGAUACUAUUUUCUAUAGUGAUGGCUAUAUCAGCACAGGCUGCAUCUUUGACUGUUGACAAGUAUGGCAGAAAAUCGCUUCUCUUAAUUUCGACUGUCUGCUCCACUUGCUGUCUUCUAGUGGUCACUAUAUAUUUUCAUCUCAAAAUAUCGGAUUAUGACGUGGCAUAUGUGAGCUGGUUGCCUUCGGUUGCGGUGAUGGUUUACGGAGCAACCUUCAAAUUCGGCUUGGGAAUCGUCCCUCCCAUUAUAAACGCUGAAAUUUUUCCUGCGAAAGUUAAAGCUUGUGGAAUGAGCAUCGGAGAGAUUACUUUUGUUUUUGGUGCGCUGCUUAGUAUCCAGAUUUAUAUGUGGUUAGCAGAUAUUUGUGGGAUACACGUUCCGUUCUAUAUAUUUACUGCCAGUGGUGUUUUGCUAGCUAUCUUCAUUUACUUUUAUGUUCCUGAAACGAAAGGUAAAACUCUGGAGGAGAUUCAAUUCUUGAUGAAGAAGAAGACUUAUAUCCCGGUGAAGCCACAGGUAUUAUUAUUACAAGACAAAAAUCCAAGGAUUACGAAUGUGGUUUCCAGAUACGAAUAUGUAUAA